UUUUGCACUUAUUAACAAAACCUAAAACAACUGAGUUGUUAUCACAUGCCUGUCGCGUUUUUUUUGGGUGCAGAUCUACAGAUGUCUGCCAGUAAGUCGUAGUGCAGGACUUGAUGGGUUUCUGUUUAAGUCUAGCCUGCAUAAACGAGGUACUUCCCUAAAGGAGGCUUUAGUGGUGCGUCAUUUUUUCUGCGUGGGACUUCUGUCUCUAAAUUCCUCUUUAGUUUGUUCCUCUGCUGUUACAUGUCGGCGGUGUAAGGCAUAUCCGGUCCCGAUAUCUCGAUCACAUCGGUCUUAAUUGCAGUUAAAAAUCAUCAGCUUUGACUUUUCUUCUACAAAAGUCCAUAUGGAUCUUCUGGACCCACGUGAGCUUCAGGUCAUUAAUCAAACAGCGGAGGCUCUGAGCAGCUGUGAGCGCAGGAGGCUCUUCUACCUGUGUGAGACCUUUGACACGGAUGAUAGUGUGGCCCGCGUGAAGGACAUGCUGAAAUCUAAAGUGAUGUGUCACGGGAGGGAUCACCUGUUUCUGACAGAGCUGAUGCUGCAGUUGAGACGUUUUGACAUUCUGAGGAAGGUUUAUAAAACCAGCAGGGAUGAGGUGGAGAGGACUCUGAAACACAGGCAGUUUCUGCCAAAGUUCAGAGUUUUGAUGGCUAAUAUAAAUGAGGAUAUGGCCGAUGAAGAUCUGAACAGUGUGAAGUUCUUGUUAAGCAGCACAUUACCCCGAGAGAAGAUCGAGAAAGCAAAGAGUUUCCUUGAUGUGAUCAUUGAACUCGAGAAGCUGGAUAUAGUUUCACCUGAAAGAGUCAACUUUGUAGAGGGAUGUUUAAGAGACAUUGGCAGGGUUGACCUGGCCAAAAAAGUGACUGCAUACAAGAUGUCAGUUUCAACAUCUGCAGGACAUUCAUCUCAACAGCAAAGGCACAGAGCUCCUGGUCCAUUUCCCUCUCCAGCUAGUUCCCAUUCCAUACAACAAACAAGACAAGCACAGUCCCUUCACAUGGCCACAGAAAAAAUACCCAUGCCUGUCUACAGAGAGCAGAACUAUCAGACUCAACUAGAUUGCUACAAAUUCAACACUAAUCCCAGAGGAGUUUGUGUUAUCAUAGACUGCGUGGGUAUUGAUGGAGACAUGUUGGAACAGACAUUUAAAGCUCUUCACUUCAACGUGGUCCUCCACAAAUGGCUGAGUGUGGAUGGCAUCCUUUCAACUCUCAAUGGGAUCAAAGAGAGAGAGAAUCUUGAAGGUGACGGCUUUGUCUGUUGCAUCAUUAGCCGUGGUACGGCGAACCAUCUCCUGGGUACAGACUUGUACGGUGCAGGUCUACAUCUGGACUAUGUCAGACGCCUUUUCACUGCUGAUAAAUGCCCCAUAUUGGCUGGCAAGCCCAAACUCUUCUUCAUCCAGAGCUACAGCGACCCUGAGCCCUGUGCCAGGAUGGAGCACCGGGAUGAGGAUCUGGAGACAGAUGGGUGUGAUGGGCUCUCCAGAUGUGAUUUCAUCCCCAGAGAUGCAGACAUAUUCUGGAGUCACUGCUGGACAGAUGAGCGUCAACUGGAGCAAGGACACCAUCGCUCCAUUUACCUGAAGGCCCUGACAGACGCCUUAUGCAGAGGUCAAAUGAGGAAAACACGUCUACUUGAUGUUCAUACCGAGGUGAAUGGAGCCAUCUAUGAACAUAUGAAGAGGGAUUCUGGAGAAAACUACCAAAUUGAUCUGAAACAUACGUUAAGGAAAGAUCUUUACUUAAAAUAGAGGAUUUAUCCUCAUCACUUUCAUUAAACUUGCUUACAGCCACCUAUUAAUACAGCACAUCCUUUGCCUGUGAAGAACAUUUGUUAAUGUGCAUGCAGUGACACCUACUGGUUAUAGUAACUUAAAACAAUUAUUUUAAGCAAUUACGCAAAAAUUAUUAUUAGAUUGUUUCUGUAUUUAUUUAAUAUUAUAAGAUUCUAUUUUGACAUUUUUUAUAGUUUCAUAACAGACAUGCUAAAUUAAAGACAAAAGUAGAGGUAUUUCAAAAAAGUAUGUACAUGUAAUGAUAUGUUGGUGAUUUUCUUGCCUCACAGCGCAGCUAUAACAGCAAUGUAGUGCUUAUAUCUGUAUUUUAUUUUAACAUUAGAGGUAAAUGUGUAGAAAAUGUGAAAAUAUUUAGCUGAAUGAAGUAAACACUAUUUCUCUAUCUACUUUAACUUUCUAUUUUUACUACUUUUGAUUAUUUCUAUUUAUUUAUUUUUUUUACAUUUGUUUCCUUUGACAAAGCAUUCUGUAGCCAUUUUAGAAAAGUACCAUGUAAAGAGAGCUCCUUUUAUUGUUAAUAUUGACGUGUAUCUGUUUGAUUUCAAUAUAUAAACAAGUUAUAAUCAUA